AAUGACUUCAUGUGACUACCUCCCAAUAUCGGAUAUUGCAAAUAUGGAAACUUCCAGAUUAUAUAUAUUCCACAAUUAACUAAAAUUUUGAAAAGUUUAUCAGUUCUAUCUAUUAUUAUUAUAUUUAGUAUCAUAAAUCUCAUUAUUUAAUCAUGGUUAAAGUUACAGUCUGUGGUGCUGCCGGAGGUAUUGGUCAACCAUUAUCAUUAUUAUUAAAAUUAAAUCCUCAAGUUACAGAAUUAGCAUUAUUUGAUAUUGUUAAUGCUAAAGGUGUGGCUGCUGAUUUAUCUCAUAUUAAUACUCCAGCAGUUGUUACUGGUUAUCAACCAGCCAAUAAAGAAGAUAAGACUGCUGUAGUUGAAUCUUUAAGGGGUACUGAUUUAGUUAUUAUUCCUGCUGGGGUUCCAAGAAAACCAGGAAUGACUAGAGCAGAUUUAUUUAAUAUUAAUGCUUCAAUUAUAAGAGAUCUUGUGGCCAACAUUGGUAGAACUGCUCCAAAUGCUGCUAUUUUAAUUAUUUCUAAUCCUGUUAAUUCCACUGUACCAAUUGCAGCUGAAGUACUUAAGAAAUUAGGAGUCUUUAACCCAAAGAAAUUAUUUGGAGUUACAACAUUAGAUUCUGUUAGAGCAGAAACUUUCCUUGCAGAUUUAUUAAAUGUUAGUCCUGGAUCAUUACAAGGCAGAAUUUCUGUUAUCGGUGGUCAUUCUGGUGAUACUAUUGUACCUUUAAUUAAUGCUAGUCCUGAAGUUGCUAGAAAAGUAUCCAACUUAACUACUGAUCAAUAUAAUAAAUUCAUAAACCGUGUUCAAUAUGGUGGUGAUGAAGUCGUAAAGGCAAAGAAUGGUGCUGGAUCUGCUACUUUGUCUAUGGCUUAUGCUGGUUACAGAUUUGCAGAAAAUGUUUUAGCCUCAUUGGCAGGUAAAGAAUCUACAGCUGCAAUUCCAGACUCAUCUUAUAUUUAUUUACCAGGUAUUCCAGGUGGAAAGGAAUUAUCAACUAAAUACUUAAAAGGUGUAGACUUUUUCUCUGUUCCAGUAGUUUUGGAACAAGGUCAAAUUAAGUCAUUUAUUAAUCCUUUUGAAAUCUUGAAGGUUACUGAAGGUGAAACUAAAUUGGUACAAGUCGCAUUAGAGGGUUUAGCAAAAUCUAUCGAUCAAGGUACUGCUUUCGUUACUGCGUCAAAGUUAUAGACUGAUUUUUUUUAUUUAUUUAUUACUUAAUUAAUUAAAUAUUUAUAUGAAAUACUUAAACGGAGAUUUGAAUUGUGGA